CAAACAACAAGGAAUUCAGAAUGGGAUGGACGACUAUAGCUGCAGCAGCAAGGAAGUGAAGUUCGACUGUGAAUCUUACUUUUUUAAUAACUAAACGGAUGUUGAGACAUCUGCAAGUUUAGUGACUGGAACACCCUCGGCACGCCCACAUGGGAUCUGUGAGGUUCAGCACUGCUCAAGACUGCCAGAGAAAGAAAAACCUCCAUAUUUUUUAAAGAUUCAUAGCCCAGAAUACAAUGAGGCAAUAGACUGGGUCCCCAGGAGUGCUUGGUGUUGCACUCAAAACACUGCCGGUGUCUGAGAAUGAAAUCCUGACAAGUCAGGAUGGAGUCCACCACCGAUGUUGUGAUGUUCCAACCUCAAGCCACUGAUGGCCAAGUGCUAUACGAUGGACAGACUGAUGAGACAGAACAAGGAGGCGGUUACACCAUCAUACGGAGUUCAUCUCAGAGACUUCAUCCCAGAUUGAUUGACAAUGCCGGUGGGUACACCUAUACCUUGAAGUCAAAGAGCAAAAGGAGUACAUUAUGGAGGUGUUCUGUCCGGAACAAGACCACGUACUGCCGGGCUACAGUCACACAGCGUGAUAAACACUUCAAGAAAGGGCCAUUUGAACACAUACAUCCAGGCAUUCCAGGACGUUAUGUUGUGGAGAAAGUUAUCACUCAAGUUAAGAUGAAGGCCAAGAAAGAACCUUUGUCGGCAAACAAGAUUGUAGAUGAAGUACGCAAUGCAAAUGUAGGCAACCAGGAACUCCCUCAUAGCAUGUUGCCUCCUUCUUAUAUUGACCAUGCCGCCACACAUAUGAGGAAGCGAAUUAAAGAAAGAGAUUUUAACUUUCAAAAUGGCUCAGUCCCAGAGAACUUUGUCACGAAAGUUGUCAAUCGCGGGAAGAAAAGUCAUUUUCUACUGGCGACCAAUAACCAGUUACAACUUCUCUCUCAUAUGACACAUUGGUACAUAGAUGUAAGCACAAAGAUUGUGGAGUCACCCUUCAAGCUGUUGCUGUCUGUCCACGGCUUUGUGAAUAAAAAUCACCAAGCCAAAGUUGUGCCUUUGCUAUUUGCUCUUAUGUCUGGCAAACGGAGAAAGGACUUUACAAUUGUGUUUAAUGCGUUAAAAGAGGCAGUUCCCAAUGGCAUUUGUGUGACAGAGUGCAUGCUUGAGUAUGAUACCAACUUGUGGAGGGGCCUUAAUGACGCCAUCCCAAAUCUAGAAUGUGUUGGUAGCGCCUACCAUUGGAUCCAGACUAUUUGGGGUAACAUUAAAGCCUUUGGGCUUCAUCUGAGUUACCUAGAAGAUCCCAAGGUGUUUAAGCUGAUGAGGAAACUCAUGGCCCUACCAUUCAUCCCAGCUGAACUCGUACCAGAGAUGCUCACAAAGCUACAGCAGAAGGCCACCACAGGGUUAGUGCAUCAACUCCUGAACUACGUUGAGGCAACGUGGGUUGAAGGUGAUAAGUGCCUGUGGUCACCAUCAGCAUGGAGUGUGUACAUGCAGCCGUAUCGAACAAGCAACGACCUUCACAACUGGCAUGACCGUCUGAGCAAAAUAGGCAAGAAAGGACGACUUCCGCUAAACUCCUUGGUGCAAAAGUUGUACGGUGAAGCUAAAACGGUGACCUUACAGGUUAUGAUCAUAUACGAUGGAAAGCUGAGUAGACCUCAGGAGGAAUCUAACAAGGCUGUACAGAAUAAAGCCUCAAGACAUUGGGACGAUUAUCAGCAAGAGAAGAAGUCACUAAAACAUCUCUUGAACGCCUGUGCUACUGAUCUGGUCCAGGUUGAGUCUGCAUACCUACCACCUAAGGACUUAAGUGAAAUUCUCUGAUUGUUAAGUUUCAACCCCCCCCCCCCC